GAGAACCAAACAAAAGAUUGUUUACUGGAAACAAAAUGGAUGCCAGACAUUCUCUGAGAUGCAAGUUGUCGGAAAUUUUAAAAACAGUUAAGCUUUCAUUGUAAAGCUUUAUCAUCCAUAUAACAGUUGGUCAGAUUUGUUGUACAACACAGCACUAAUUAGAAGUGUAAAAUGGAUGAGGAUGAACCAGGUGAGGGUCUUGAUGACUUGAGGAAGAAAAGACUAGCAUACUUCCAGACACUGAACAACUAUGGUGCUGAAAAUGUUAAACAUGUGGAUGCUCAUGAAAGAGAAAUCUUGCUUGGAAAUGUUUCAUCUUACAAGGAACAUAAAGAGGAUAAUUCAAUAAGCAAUGGAAACUGUACUCAUGAAAUUGAACAUAAAAGACCACAUUUCAGUGAAAAUGUGGGCAAUAAUAUCUCCAGCAUAAAUAAUGUUAAAUCUGAUAUGCAAACAAAAUCUUCUUUAGAUAUUCAUAAUGUUACAGGCAAACAGAAUCAUUUGACAAGUGAUGUAAGGGCAAAACCAAGACAUGAGACUGUUUUAGAAUCAAAGACAAAUGUAAGGGAAACAAAAUGGCAAGACUAUAAUAGACAGUCUGAACAAGUUCAUCAUAAUCAAGAGCAUCAGCUCAAAACAUCCUCAUUCUUUUUCUCUAAUCCUGAACAUCAGCAAACUACAGUUACUGAGAAAUCAGAAAAUAAAUCAGACAAUCUUGAUGCUUACAAUGAAACUGUUGAAAGGCUUAUUAAAGCUACAAAGGAAGAAUUGUUGGGAAUCAAAGUAAGUGAUGAUAUCUGGACAAAUUUUAGAAAGGAUCAGAUUGAGUUAACUGAUGAUGAAGAGCAAGAUAAAAAAGAUAAAAGGUUAGAAAAAAGUAAAAUGCAAUCAGACUUAAAUGCUCAAAGUAACUGGACUAAUGUGCCAGCUGCAAAAAAUCCAAGAGAUUUCAAAAGGUCAUUUUCUGAAUCAGGUUAUUCUACUCAGAAAGAUAUGAAUGGUAAUAUAACUAAAGAACAUGAACAAAAACAGGGCAAAGAGAGCAAAGAUCUUUAUUUUAAAACAAAAACUUCUGACACUAAAACCAAGAUAUGUUUAAGUUGGAUUCUCGAAGGUAUAACAAAAGCAGAGUCUCCUAGACCAAAGCUAAACAGACCAAAGUAUGAACCUCCAACAAUUUAUCAAGAAAGGUCUGAUAGAGAGGAAAACCAUCAGGAAAAGAAAAAGCCAAGGGAUAUGAAUCUAACAAAUAGUAAGAAUUAUGAACAGGUUACAGUUCCAAGGAAUGUGGCAUUUUCAUCAAAUGAAAUAUAUAACCAAGCAUAUGGUUCAUUUCACCCUGGCCAAGCUGCUCCAGUGACUCAUCAGUUCCAGGGAGGGCCUGUUAUAUACUCACCUUACAGUUCCCCACCUGGCACAGCAACCAAUGGUCCAGUAACCCCUAGCACACCAGUAGGACCUGCUGUUAUUGCACAGAAUUUUCAUAACCCAGACCAACUUGCAAGUCAAGAGUUUAACAAUUACAAGAGUUAUUCAAGACAAGCUUCAUUUAGUAACAACCCUAUGAUCAACCCUUUUUAUGUUUCCCCACCCCCCCACAAAACCCCCGGUACUUCCCUAACCAGGGGGCUUUUGGGCCCAAAUAAAUUUUUUCCCCCACCUUAUUUUCCCAACCCCACAUGGAAUUCCCUUCCCGGGUUUUCCAAAAUCAAUAUCAAAUUGGGUACGGGGCCAAAUAUGGUGGGACUAGGAGGAGCCCAUGCUCCUUACAUGCAGGUUAGUGGGAGUGGCCAGGUGUUCAUACCACACCCACCUACGAGUCUUGGAGCACAGGUGUACCAGCCAGGUCAUACAACAUACAAAAAACAUGAAGUAAAAACUGAGGAAUCGCAACAGCCACCACCCACGCCAUCUACAUCAAACGCAGAAGUUCAAACUGACAGAGAAGAUUUUAUAGAAAAUGAAAAAGCAACUAUGGUAGAAGAGUCAACAUUUACAUCAGUAAGUCAAAUAGUGGAUGAAGAUAAGUUUAUACCCCACCCACCUGCAAAAAAGAAGGAGGGAGGUCCGUCCCCAAGGCGUGCUCAUCUCAGUAAAGAUAUAACACCUAGGAAAGCUCAGGAUGCUAAACGCCAUAUAGAUGGAAUUAGACAACACCAUGAACAAAGGAGGCAACAGUAUGAGGGAGACAAACUUUCUGAAGAGCAGAUUAUUGAAAGACAGAAGAAGUUUGCAAAGGCUUCGCUUGAUAGAUACUUCUCUUCCCUGGAAAAUAUCUUCUCAUCAUCAUCAAAGGUCUCUGGGAUAAAAUCUGAGGCGAAUUUACCUACGGUUGAAGAUGAAGAUGAUUUAAAAGCCUCAAUAGAGACUGAUAAUGAAGCUGGACAAGUUGAAAAUACUGUUAUUGAUGAUGUGUUGAGCAAUGUUCAUGAAGAACGUGAUCUGAAAGUGUUAAAUUCUGGAAGUCAGGACAAAAAUACUAAAACUAGUGGUGAUUUUGUACCAGUUGUUCAUGGGUUUGUUGACUUUUCUGAAAAUGAAGAGAACAAAAUGACAGUAAAAGCCCCAGUGAUCAAAAGUUUUGUAGAAGAGAUCAAAAUGACAGUAAAAGCCCCAGUUAUGAAAAGUUUUGAAUUUGAAGACAACAGAAAUGACUUUGAAAAUGAAAGAAAUGAAUUUGACAAUGAAACUUUAGUUAAUAGCAUGGCUAAUACAGAUGCUACACUGCAUGCUGGUGGACUUACUGAACGUCUCAAUGAACUUGGUAUAGAUGUUUCACAUGUAAAAUAUUCAAACAAAGAUAAAAAACAGAUUGGUGAGGAUAAAAAACACGGAGGAAAGAAAGGAAAAGUUCUGAUUGUUUGUCCAGAUUGUGGAGGUCUAAAUAAAGAAUAUAUGUCCUGGUGUACACAGUGUGGGGAAAUGAUAAUUGGUGUUGAGCCCAUGCUGGUAAGCAAAAAUAGGGAUGGCAAAAUACGUAUGAAACCUGUAGACAAAAAUGAAAUUGCUGAAACAGAUGAAAUAAGAAUUAAAAAUCCUGAAGUGAAAGAAAUUAAUAUGUUGGCACCCAAUACAAAUGAAGUUGAUUAUGUACAGGAGGUAGAUGAGAAGCCAUUUUCUCUAGAUCUUGAUGGCAUAAAAUCAGAAAAAGAAGAAAACAUAGAAGUGUAUGAAAGUAAGAAAGUUUCUCCAAUAAAAUCAGAAGGCAGAGAUAGCGGAAGGCCUUCAAGUGAUGACCCUGAUUUAGAAUUACAGACUCAGAAAAUUGAGGAAGAAGUUGUGAAUGAUAUUUGUGCGUCAAUUUCUGACCCAGUCUUAAAGGGUUAUAUGAAAUCACAUUUUAGUAAGUCCAAAUCAUGGCAUGAUAAUGAGGGGAAAUCUGAAGAGCCUGGAUUCAAUAAUGAUAUUGAUAUGUUUCAAGGCACUGUUGAAAGCAAAAACAAAAAGAACUUUGAAAGUAGAACACAUCACGAUGUUGUUAAUUUUGGUUUUAAUAGUAAGGGUUUAACCAGUAAUAAUAAAGAUAUUGAAAUAGAUGUUAGAUUUUCCAAGCAAGACAUUAAAGACAGGCACAGAAGUGAUGAAGAUUAUAACCCAAAAACAUAUGAAACACCGAUGGAAGGUGAAGUUCAAGCUAAAAUUGCAAUGUUUAAUCAAAAACAGUCUGAAAUUGAUACUGAAAAUGACAAACACCUUUAUAAACACAAGAGUAAUGAUAACUUUGAGGAGGAUGUUUUAUUUGAGCCUCCGCCUCUUCCUAACUUUAGCUCCGCCCUUCCAGUAUCACAUAAUGAGCUAAAAUUGAAGUUACCAGCAAAUUCAAUGGAUUAUUCUACAGAUAUGUCUCAGGUUGUGUCACAAAACUUUGACAAUGCUCAUAAUGUAACUGAAAAAGGAGAUAACAUUGUUGAAGUUGAUAAAGAAGCUGCUGAAGAAAGAGACCGUCAGAAAGCAGAGAGAAGAAAAGAAAGGAGGAGAAAGAGAGGGCAUGGUGCUAUUGAUGUAGAGGUAUUUGGAUAUGAGGAGAGCAGGGAAAGUAGGAACUCAAGUAGGGCAAACAGAAUGGUACCACUGCUUAAUCUAGCAGGCAACAGUAGUGAUGAGGAUGACAGUAUCCUCUCUGACACCAAACCAGAUUAUAAACCUGAAGUCCAAGAAAAUCAGCCAAUUAAACAGAAGCCUGGUUCCUUGUCUGAAGUGAAAGCAUCAGUGAAUGCAUGGGGACCAGCUGUUAUCCAUGAGGAAUCUAAUGAAACAGAUGAGCAGUUUUCAUGGCAACAACCAAUCAGGGCAGAGAAUAAUUAUUUAGAUGAGAGCCCAUCACUAUGGAAACAUAAUGGUUCACCUGUGAGUUAUGAAUAUUCUGAAGAAAAAGUUGAUCCACAAGCUUAUAUAGAAACUAAGGCAACAGACAGCACAAGGGGUCUAGAAAUUGUGAGUGUUGAUCGUGAGUCAGAGAUACCGGAACAAGACAGGGAGGAAUGGAAACACCUGUUUGAUCCAGCUGUAGAAAUACAGCAGGAAGAAGUGCAGGAACCAGCUGAAGUUGUAGAAGAUGAUGUGGAGGAGAACCAGCCAUUCCUUAUGCAGCUCAUUAACCAACCAAAACCUCAAAAAUCUAAAAAGAAACCUACUUCAGCAAGAGGGAAACCAGUAAAGUCAAGAGUAAGACAAUCUAUAGAGGAAGCUGGGUACCAGAGGAAAUGGAGUCGUUCCAGUACAGCAUGGUCAUCAUACAAUCAGGGAGAACUGAAUACAAGCUCUAGUUUAAGAUCAAGUUCUGAAAUUACUAAAGCAAGACCUACAAGUGCCCCAAAAUCCAGGUUUAAUAGCAGUCUUGAUGUAAGAGCAUCAGGUGGGAGGAACUCACCAAGUACAAGUAUCAUUGGACAGAAAAGAAGACCUGGUAGUGCCCCAAAAUCUCGAGUUCUAAGCAGUGAUGUACAAGCAUCUGUUGAUACUGACAUGCAAGCAUCUUUAUAUCAAGAUGCUAGAGUCAAUUCACCUAGUAAAAGUAGAGACAAGCUGGCAAGACCAAGUAGUGCUCCCAAGUCACGCACUGCUUAUAGUGAUCUGCAAGCAUCUGUUAACAUUGAUGUGUCUGAAGUCAGUGAAGGACACAGACUGCUAGCUAACCUAUCACAGGCUCACAUUGGGAGUAAUGACAUGCAAGCUUCUGUCAGCAAUGAUGAAAACAAAGCUUUUGGUGAUGUUGAUGAUCUUUUGGCAAGAUGUGAUGACACUUUAGAACAAAGACCCCCACAAGGUGACACAACAGAAAGCAAAAAAGUUAUGCCAUCUUCUUCAGAAUCACGCAAAAGGAAAUUCCAGAAAAAGAAAACAAAGAAGAAUGAUGACCUUGGCCUUGACCUUGAACUUGAACUAAUUAAUGAAAUGGUGGAGCAUCGCCUUCCAAAACCAAGUGCGAUGGACAGACUGUCAGUUAAAUCACCAGAGUCAGCUGACCCGGAGCACAUGGCAUCUCCCAGAUCAACAUAUGAUAAAUAUAUUGAAAUGACACCCCGUAUACAGGCAGGAACUGUAUCCAGGUGGCAGUGUUUACCAGAUGAGAUUCUCAUACAUGUUUUCUCAUAUCUCGACCAAUCAUCAUUGACCAAAUGUGCUCAAGUUUGUCAACAGUACUAUAGAGUUGCCAUGGAUGAAAGUUUAUGGAAGUACAUUACUAUAAAGAAGAAUGAUAUAGAUGAUAGUUGUUUGGAGGAGAUUGCUAAACGACACCCGGUCAGUCUAGCCCUCAUACAGUGUCAAGGUGAGAGAGUCACAGCUAGGGCUCUGAGGGAUCUCUUCAGGGAAUGUUCUCAAUCUCUCAAGGAGUUGAAUAUUGCAAGAUGUAGUCGAGGAGCUUUAAAUGGUGACAGUUUAUUACUACAUGCCGCGGCACGAUGUCACAAUCUGACACACAUUGAUGCUAGCUGGUGUAGUCUCACAGAUAGUGGGCUCAUGGCGAUAUCUAAUAGUUGUAACAGACUGGAGAGUUUAUGUAUUAAUGGAUGUAGUGCAAUCAGUAAUGAUGGACUUGAGACAGUCAUGAAGAAGCAUGGAGUUCACCUCCGGGUCCUAGAGAUGUUUGGAUGUUUUAAUCUAUCUCCAAGAGGACUCAGAUCAGUGGCCAAUAACUGUAUAAACCUUAUUACACUCAACCUAGGACAGUGCUAUAAGUUAACAGAUUCAUGUAUAUCACAACUAUCUACAAGUUUAGGUCGGGUAGAAUGGCUGGACCUGCGCGGAUGCAAACAGAUUAAGGACAACUGUAUGAGGCGUAUUGUAAAGAAUUGUACAAGGCUCAAACAUCUGUCCCUGGCCAACUGUCCUAACAUUACUGAUGUGUCUAUCCUAGAAAUCUCCACCUACCUCACUGAUAUUAGGAGCAUAGAUCUGUGCGGAUGUAAAAAUAUAACAGAUGGAAGUAUUCGGGCAUUAGUUAACACAUGUUCCAAUCUCAGGCAUAUAGAUAUCAGCUCAACUAGUUGUACACAUAGAAGUGUGUCUAUGAUAGCAAAUUUUAGUGGUCAGAGACUAGAAACAUUGAAGAUCAACUUCCUGUCAGAUGUUACCGAGCAGUCGCUGAUUAAACUGGCCAAACAUUGUCACCGUCUGCAAACAGUGCACAUGUACGGAUGUACCAGUGUUAGAAACAUUGACAAAAUUAAAGAAGAAAGACCAACCUUCACUAUUGAAAUGUAAACUCUUCACAACAAAUUAUACAAUCAAUCAAGUGUCAAUGAAACGUUUUAGAAUGAAGAAAAUUGAAACAGACAAAACCUUUGUUAAGUUUAGUUGGCUCUUUGACUGUUUAAAUGUUGCAAAGAUUUUGUAGACCGAAGAUCUUAUAAUACAUGCCCUGUGUAAUCAGUAUAGUCACAAAACAUGCUGUACAUCACUAUUGUUUCCACAAGUUUAGUUUUGUAAGAUUGUAAGAAUUAAUAAAUAAACAUUAGAAUUUCAAAAUGAGCUAAAUCAUUAAAUUUAUUAAGAGGGGCUUAAUAAAGGGGAAGUUUUUCUUGUUACCAUAUGAUACUUACUUACUUACUUACUGGCGUUCGCUGUUACCAUAUGAUGAUCCUCAAUGUUUUUCAACUAAGUUUCAAGUAUUUAAAAACAAAAAUAAAACCAUUAUUUAUAAAUUAAUAAAACUAUUAUUUAUACAUAAAUAUGUGUCAUCCAAACUUUUUUGUGAAUUUGGUUAGAUUGAGACUGUUAGGGAUAAAAUUGAAAUUAUUACUGAGGGUUCCUCAGAAAGUAAAAAGCAAUGAGUUUCCUGUAAAAGUCUUAUAUUUGUUUAAGAAUCUAUUCUUGUGUUAAACUUCAUACAUGCUUAGAUUUAUAUUGUGUAGAAAUUUAUAAUUUUAAUCUUAUAUAAAAAUAGAAAGAUAAUGAAUAACUUAAAUCAUGAUUAUAAUGUGCUGAGAUAACAAGAUUUAUAACAAAAUCAGUUUCUAUUUUGAUACACAUGCUAUCAAUGUAUUGAUGUAUAAAGGCUAAAUAUUGCCAAUAAGGUAUUGAAGAAUUUAGUUCAACUAAUAUAAUGUCUCUUGUUCAGAAAAUAUUUCAACACUGUUACGGGAAAAUUGUUCUAACUGACAUGUUAUAAUUGCAUAAAUGAAAUAUUUAAAAAAUGUAGAAAAUUGCAAAUUUUGUAACUGUUAUAUGUUAAGAGCAAGCAUAUUUUAUUUGAAAUCAUAGAUUGUAAGUUUUAAGAAUU